AUGGGGGAGAGAUUACGCGAAAUAAGUGGGUUGUUGAAGCAAGUAGAGGAGCCUGGUGCUAGAGGAUCUUAUCUUAAGGAUUCAGAGAAGGCAGAGAUGUAUCGGUUGCACAAAGAGAACCCUGAAGUGUACACUGUUGAGAAGCUUGCCAAGGACUACAGAAUCAUGAGGCAGAGAGUGCAUGCCAUUCUCUGGCUCAAGGAAGAGGAGGAAGAGGAGAGAAAGCGUGGUCGUAUCCACGAUGACUCAGUCGAACUUUUGCUUGAUACCUGCCCAGAAUUUUUCAAUUCCCAUGACAGAGAGUUUCAUGUAGCAUCUCUUCCUUACAAACCUGAUUUCAAGGUGAUGCCCGAGGGUUGGGAUGGUACAACUCGGGAUCCAGAUGAAGUCCACUAUGAGAUAUCCAUGAAAGAAGAUGAAAUGCUGUACCAAGAGUUUGUCCAGAGGAUGGAAUUCAACAAAAUGAAAAUUGCUGGGAAGGUUAAAUGCCACAAAUAUAGUAGGCGGCGCCCAUCUGAAGGCUGGAACUUCACGGUGGAGAAAAUGGGCCCUCAAGGAAAGCGUGGAGGUGGCGGUGGCUGGAAGUUUGUAAGUUUACCAGAUGGCUCCAGCCGACCUCUAAACGAGACAGAGAAAGUAUAUGUGAAGCGAGAGACUCCACGACGGAGGCGCAAGAUUUUCCCAUGAUUUCAUUAUCAUCAGAUUCCGACGGCAAGGGUUAUUGAUUAGGAGAAGUCUGGGAAUAUCUUCAGUGAUACGAGCUUCGGGUAAUCACUCUGUAUAAUAAGAAUGAAUGGAAGGCAGUUGGAGCUGGGUUCCUUUGUUUUUCUCUUUUCUUUGAUGUACUGGAAAAUGGGUGAAAUCUAGCCCUCUUUAACUAUACAUUCAAACAAUUUCCUUCUAUUCUUGG